AAAUAUAUACACAUCCAGUCAUAUACUCAUUAUAUUCAACAUUUCACCAUAGAAUUUCUGCUCAAUAAAAUAACAGUUCUUCGCUGAUCACUCGAUAUCUGUGCGAAAACGUUUUUUGAAAAACGUAAAAACUUGUUUAAUCUUCAAAUAAUCGAACUAGAUCACUACUAAAUAGACAAAUAAAAUGGCAUUUCAAUCGCCAAUGCCAAGUCAAGAGUUUUUGUGGGACGUGUUUCGAAGGGUUGACAAAGACAACAGUGGCUACAUUAGUGCCGAUGAAUUACAGCAAGCCCUAUCAAAUGGUACCUGGAACGCUUUUAAUCCGGAAACGGUUCGACUGAUGAUAGGAAUGUUCGACAAAGAGAACCGUGGCACCGUAUCGUUUCACGAUUUCGGUGCGCUGUGGAAAUACGUCACCGAUUGGCAGAACUGUUUCCGUUCAUUCGAUUCGGAUGGUUCCGGUAACAUCGACAAAAAUGAGCUUCGAACGGCGUUAACCGCAUUCGGCUACCGGUUGUCCGACAAUUUGAUCAACAUUCUGAUCCGGAAAUUCGAUCGAUUCGGCAAUGGUACGAUACUGUUCGAUGAUUUCAUACAAUGUUGCAUCAUUCUAUACACACUGACAUCUUCGUUCCGCCAAUACGACACGGAUAUGGAUGGUGUCAUAACGAUUCACUAUGAACAAUUCCUGAGCAUGGUUUUUAGUCUAAAAAUUUAGGAAAACCAAAAAAAAAAGAAGAAGAAAAACGUGGAGAGAUCUCCACCACACGACACACAUACACAUUAUAACUCAAUGCUAAUCAAAAAAUGGUCAAACCAUUCUAUUUUUGUAAAAAAUAUGUGAAAAAGAAAAUUUUAAUGUUAAGGGUUCACUUGUAAGAGAUAGAGGGAGGGAGACACGAAUAACCAGUUUUGGUCGGUGUAUGUUCACCAUUUAGAUUAUAUAAUAUAUUUGUAACGUUUCGUCGCGCUACUACUUUGUGCUUUUUGUAAGAUAUCUAUGUUCAUUUAAAAAUUAAUAAUUUUUUUCUCUUUACAAAAUUUACCUGUUCCCCUGUGAAUUUAAUGAAAAAUAAAAAGCCAAAUUUAUCACACACUCAAA